GUUUACCUUGGCUAGCAUCACUUGCGAUCUCUUCUGUUUGAGAAAUGGUUUCUACUCAGAAUAUAAGUAAUUUAUGGCUAAUUUCAAUAAAACGUGAAACAUUUUAUGCUUUUGAAAAAGAAGAUUAUGUUAUCUGAGUGUAUUUUUUUCUAUACUUACACCAACUCCAGAAUGUUCAAGUUAUUAACGAAAGCCCUCAGCGGCAAGUUAAAGAGCCUCUUAUUUGAGGAAAUGGCAAAUGAUGAAGGUAUAUCUUGGUACCAUGGGAACCUGUCAAGGGAAGAUACCGAAGAAAUAUUCAAAAAUGCUAGUUUGUCUAUGGGACAAGCUGCUACCCAUGGCCUUUUCCUCGUUAGAGACAGUAGAACUACACCUGGAGACUUUGUUCUUUCUGUUAUGAACAAAGGAGAAUUAUUACACUUUCAGAUUCGACGCCAUGGUGAAGAUGCAUUUUUCUCAAUAAAUGGAGAGACACCUUUCCAUGGUUUGGAAACUUUAAUUGAUCAUUGCCAAAAGGAUGGACAGGGUUUACCUUGUGUUUUAGGAAAUGCUAUAAGGAAGGACCCUCCCCCUCCUGAUACGAGAAGUCAUGGUAGAUCCAAUCUUCUUCAUCGGGCUACUAAAGAAGGUAAUUUUACAGUUGCUUCUGAGUUACUUAAGUGUGGAUAUCGCAAUAUAGAAGCAAAAAAUCAGGAUGGCCAGACUGCUGUUCAUCUUGCCUGUUUACAAAAUUAUCCAAACAUUUUGCAGAAACUGAUAGAAAGUGAUGCAAAUGUCAAUUGCAGAGAUCAACAAGGAAAUACUCCUUUACAUUAUGCCUGUCAGAAUAAUUCUGUGGUGGUUGUGAAGAUUCUUUUGAAUGGUGGUGCAAAUGUUCAGCUGAGAAAUACUAACACGGGUUGGGUACCACUCCAUGAAGCUGCAUAUGAAGGGCACAAAGAAAUUGUUGAGUACUUGUUAAGGAUGGGAGCGCCAUCCCGUCCAAGAACUAAGGAUGGUAAAACACCACAACAACUUGCUGAAGAAAAGGGUUAUUACCAAGUGUCAUAUCUUUUAAAAACUCACGAAGGCCCUAAACCAAACACUACAAAAGAUGACUGGUAUCAUGGCACUCUUUCAAGAGCUGAAGCCAUUCAACUUUUGACAUCGUAUGCUGGUAAUACUGAUGGAAGAUUUCUUGUUAGGUACAGUGAGAAAGAAGAAAGUAUUGUACUCACUAUGAUGAGUGCUACCUCCAGUACACCUUACAACUACUUUAUUCGAAAACAGGGAAAUUUUUAUUUUAUUGAUGACGGGCCACUUUUAGACACUUUGGAACAUGUCAUUGAACAUUAUAGCACUAUGUCUGAUGGACUACCAACUAUUCUUCAAGUUCCUAUUAAGCCAAAGCCAAAACCUCCUCUACCUGAUUAUCAUCCAUCAUCUAUUUUUUCUACAAUGCCAGCAAAAAAUAGGAAGGGAUAUAGGUGGUCCGAAGGAAAUGCUACACUACCCUUACCCCCAAAAACCAAGCCCCGAAAAAGUGUUGAUAGCAACAUGAGCAAUCCCAGAUUUGCUUCCUCGGAUACAAUUUCCAUUCAAAUAUUUGUACCCAGAGAAAGUUUAAUAAUGAAAGAAGUUAUUGGUGAAGGAGAAUUCGGUUCUGUAUAUAAGGCAAUUUACCAAACAAGAAGUGGGACCGAGGCUGAGGUAGCAGUUAAAACGAUGCAUUCCAGUCACAUGCUUUCUAAUCGAGAUUCAUUCCUUGAAGAAGCAGAAGUUAUGAUGAAGUUAAAUCAUCAUUGUAUAGUGAAGCUGAUUGGGAUAUCUGAAGACUCUAAAGGCAGUCUGAUGAUUCAAGAACUAGUUCCCCUUGGGUCUAUGCUAACAUUUAUAUUAAGACAUCCUGAUCAAGUUAACGUAGAUUAUGAACUUCCUGUUUGGGCUUCUCAGAUUGCCUGUGGAAUGCAGUAUCUUGAGACGAACAAAAUAGUUCAUAGAGAUCUUGCUGCCAGAAAUAUUCUUCUAGCUACUAGACAUCAAGCCAAAAUAAGUGAUUUUGGUUUAUCUAGAAACUUAAGUGAUAAUAAAGAAUAUUAUAUGGCCACUAAAGGUGGAAGAUGGCCUGUUAAAUGGUAUUCUCCGGAAUCAUAUAAUUAUGGAAAAUUCAGCUCUGCCAGUGAUGUAUGGAGUUUUGGAGUAACCCUUUGGGAAAUGUAUUCCUACGGCCAGCAGCCAUUUGGAGAAAUGAGAGGGGCUGAGGUGAUUGAAGAAAUAAAUGAUGGAAACAGGCUUGAAAAACCGGAUGAUUGUCCGGUUCCGGUGUACCAAAUGAUGGAAAGGUGUUGGGAAUAUGAUCAAAAUCGCAGGCCAUCAUUUUCUGAAUUAUACGACUUUUUUGCUUCUCUCACUAAUUAUGAGAAUGUGAGAGACCUGGUGCCAAAAACAGAUAUAAGUUAAUUUAUUCGUUAAGCUUAUUUUAUCUUCUACAAGGAAUAAUGUUGUAAUAUUUUUAUUUUUUAUACUUUGCUAUGGAGUCUUGUUAUAAUAUUUGUACAGGAUUUAGCUAUACUUGAUAGUAUAUUUUCAUAUUUUAUUAAAAACGUUUAGAGGUGAAAGCAGUUUAGAUAUUUUUAGAUCUUUAAGUAUAGUUUAAUUUAGUGAAAAUUUAAAAUCAAUCAUUGCUCUAUUGUUUUAAAAUUAUUAACUUUUUAAACGUAAUGAGAACCUUUUUAAUUUUUAUAGUGUAUCUUUUUAUUAAAGUUUCCUUUAUUAAACAUUUUGAACUACAAAACUAUUUAUUCUAUGAAUGACUAAAAUAAUGUUAUUUUACUUUACCUCAACUUUUUAUUUUGUAAAUUAUCUUUAUUCCUUACUUUUUUGUUUUAAAAGCAAAUGUUGAGAUAGAUACAUAUUAGCCAUAUGAACUGGUCUGAGUUUUGUUUCGGCCGACUCUUGUGAUACAGCUUUCAAUUUUUUUUUUAUAUAAACAGAUACUUUACAUCUAAAUGUCUUAUAUUUAUUGCUUUAAUCAGCAUUUGUAUUAUAGGCAUAUUUAUAUUAUAUUGUAUGAAGUUGAUGCUUUUUCCAAAUAUUUUUCUAUAGCAGUAAUCUAUAAGUUUUAAUAUGGAUAGCAUUAUUUAUUUCUUCAUAUAUAGUUUACUAGUAUUCAUAACAUUCCCAUUUGUAUCUAGUUAUUCUUAAUUGACUUAGAAAUAAAAAAUCACAUAAAGGAAAAUCCUCUCCUUUGUUUUUUUUAUAUACCAAAUAAGUACAAGAAUAUUUUAUACAGAUAAUAUAAAAUAGAAGCCUGGUGCACAAGAUCUUGUUUUUGAAUUUACAGAGCAUAAAGUUUUUUGUUUCAAACUGUAUUUUUAUAUACUAUGCUAACGACCACAAUACAGUUGCUCUGGAGUUUAUCCAUUUUUUGCAUCUAAAUGCAUUGUUUUAUGCCUUUUCAUUAAAAAUUUUGAUGUGUGCACACAGCCUUCUUAAUAUAGUCAUGUAAGCUGGCCAAAAAUUGUAGAUAAAUUUGUACAUACUGUUUGUUAUUUUGCCACAUGAAUUUUAAAAAUUAUAAAUGUGGUGCUUUUUAAUUUUAGUUUUGUGAUAUUGUGCUCAAUAUUGCCAUAAUUAGUUUUAAAAAUGUAAAUAUCUAUUUUAGAAUGAAACAGGGCUCGUGAUACUGCAUUUAAUGUGAAUAAUAUUUUGUAAUUCUUUUUCAAAUAAGUUUUUUUCUAUGUUUUAUUAUAUAUUUUCAUUAAAAUAUGACUUUAGACGACAAUAUUUAUAUUAUAAGUAAAUUCAUAAUUGUCCCA